AUGGCUGGGGUUAUCCAAGCUCUAGUUCUCUUCGUGACCGUCGUUGCCGCACAAAACAACUGUUCUAUUGUCCCCAUUUACGUCGACUUUCACGUCAGAGCAGUCGAUGGUGGGGUCAACGAGCAAUAUGGGCUGUUUACGGGGGCUGGCUUCCCCGUAUCGCAGAACAUGUCACACUGGCCGUCGUUCGCAAACAACGAAACAACAGUGGCCAGCCUUGACUACUGUACAAACAGUCCUUUCGGAGACUGUCUAAAUCACGCCCACGGGUUCUAUUCACCAGACCUGUCCCAGAACUACUCCUCUGCCUCGUCAUACCAGUCACUCGAUAGCUACGGCUCGAUCCCCGCUAGUAUCCUCCAAACCGCAUUCGACACAUUCAACCUCUUCACACACUACUACGACCCUUCUCCGCCAAACAUCACUCGAAUUCCAGAUUUCCCCGUCACCAUUUUGUCGAAUUACUCGGCGAGCACGUCUCCAUGGUUUGGUCCCGCAGGUCUGCUUGGCCUGGGACCGAAAAGCACGCUGCUGAACCAUCUCUACGAUCUCCAACUCAUCUCUUCACGGUCUUUUGCACUGUACAUGGGCACCUCGUACGAACAAGCCAACGGCGCCAUCAACGGCUCUCUGACCCUCGGUGGGUAUGAUUCGGGUCGCUUCGAGGGCGACGUGCACAAUUUCACUAUAAGUCCCGCUCGACCAGAAGCACAGCACAGUCCCUUUGUGGUUUCUGUCGAGCAGAUGACAUUGACCUCUUCCGACGGGACCAAGACCGACCUCCUCACCGAGAGUUUCGACGCCCACCUGACCACAUCGCAAUACCACAUCAGCCUCCCCAGCGACGUGACGCAGAAAUUCUCCCAGGAAACAGGUGCGACGCCGUCGGACGACGCCCUCGACGUCUUCCGUCUCCCAGACGAUUUCGAUUCGAGUAUCACCAUCACCCUGAAAUCGGGACUGAGCGUCGAAUACGACGCCGCCUGGCUCAAGAACGUGUCCAACCUCUCCCCAAUCUCCACGGGCACAGUGUCGGAUCAAACGACCAACACGACCCUCCGCUUCUUCGGCACCGCCUUCCUCUCGCAACUCUAUUUCAUCGCCAACUACGACUCCUCUCCACCUACAUUCCACCUCGCGAAUGCCCGGCCACACGGUCCGUACAUAUUCACGCGCACGCUGUGUCCUGACACGCUUCCAGUCGCCGCUGAACAGACCAGUGUCUCCGGUUUCGCCGCGUCUGGUCUGACAGGGGCUAUUUUGGGUGGCGUCAUCGGCGGCAUCGGGCUCUCGUUUGCCAUCUUCUGGCUGUUCAGGAAGUGGAUGCAGCGACGGAGGUGGCGGGACCAAGCAAAACAGGCCAUGAAGGGCAAAGGAAUCGACAGCGCGUCGACGAUCACCGUGACGGCAGGUAAAGGGAAAGGAUCGCCGUCGUCCUUCAGCAGUCACGACGAAGAAGCGCAUAGAGAGGGCAGCAGUGAAAUGGCGACGUUCGCGUUCGACUUCAACUCGCAGCAGCACCAAGCAUACCACAACUUCCUGCAGAACGCGACACAGCCGGGCCGACAGCAAUCACAAUCGCCACCACAGCAGAAUUACCCGGCUGAGAAUGUCGAUGCACAGAGCACUGCAGCUGCUCACGAUCCCGUGUCUCCCUUACUGCACAGCUCAAUGCCAGUCACCCAAUACGCCCGCACCUUCACCCGGGACUCGUACUCCAACUCGCCACUCACGCCCGCCACAGGGGUGCCCCUUCUCUACUCGCAGCAGCAGCAGAAUGGACGCUCGGAGACCACCGCUCCACCUUCAUCAUUCCCAUCGACGGCCUUUUCACCGCUGACGUUGACGCACACGAACACCUCCCUCGAGGACCCGACGUCGACGUACCCGUUUGGCACGGGCCAGGGUCGUGGCGAGGCAGAUCCGACGUUUCAAGCGAGACAGGCCAAGCUGCGCGGCGGCGCCGGCGGCGGACGCGGGACGUUGAAUCUGCAGACCGAGUUCGCGCCACCGCCGACGAGGACACUGGCAUCCUCCAAGGGGACCAAGCUGGCACGAAAGGCCGUCGGCAAGGAAGGCGGCAAGAAGGAGAGUUUGUUGAAGAAGGUGUUUCCGUCGUCCUAG